AUGGCCAGAGCAGACAUAGUUGCGAUCCUUCGACCCAAAGUGCAUGACACUAUUUACAAAUUAAUUCGUCUGGGAUAUUCCUUCCAGGAUAUAGUACAAGAAUCCCACAUAAAUGCUGAUUUUUUAAAAAAAACUUUUAAAGAAUUGGGUUUAAACAUUCAAAUCACAACAAGAAUAACGCAAAGGCAGUCUCCAAUACAGCGUUUGAUACCAUCAAAACAAUCACAGAUACCACAAACUCCGUCUCAUGUUCAAUCCCAGCCACCACCUCAGUUGAAUAAGGAGACAACAACGGUACAACCGCAGAUGCCACAAGAACAAGUCAUAACUAAUGUACCAUCGAAGAAAAGAGCAAAAACGCUACCUACCUGUCCUCAUGAAAUGGUACAUAGCCACACGAACAAUGCAGAAAAACCAAUAAAUAUCCCGAACAGACCAAUUUCCACCACUGAGUCGCCUCGAAGAACUACUUCCCUUUCCAAUGGUAAUGGGCUGCCCAAAGUCCCGAGGAAUAAUGUUGAUGCUAAUGAUCUCGUACCAGAGAAGAAGGAUAAGAACGCUAGGGCUGAUCAAUAUGAUGAUGUGAUCGAAGUUAAAUUUAAUGAAUUUGUUACGAACACAAGAGAACAAAUGAGGAAAUUUGGAAGAGAACUUGGUACAUUGGGAGUUCAAGAAGAAGUCAUUUCCGAAUUAAGACGUACUAUGGCCCAAGGGUUAUAUAAUUUAGUUCAAGAUGUGCAGUCACUGAAAAGGAACUCAGAAGAGGAUCGAAACGACGACUCAAACGACUAUAAAAGACGAAGAUUAACCUCUGGCUGA